AUGACUGAACUAGAGUGCGCCGAGGAUGACCGCUCCGUCGAGCUGUCGUCCAUCGCCGCCAUCUUCCCGGAAAUUCAGAUACAACCUGGGUCACCCUUUAAAGCCGCGCUUGAACUGCCAGUUGUCCCAUCGUCGCCAAUCUCGGUCUGUUUUCAACAGCCAGUCGAUCCUGCACUCAACGCAACCAUUACCCCUCCGACUUCCUUGGAUGAAUCCAAAGGAGAACUCGACCAGCCGCCUGUCAAGGACGUCCAUAUCCUAACAUAUCUACCUCCUCUCAGCCUCGAGAUCGAACUGCCCGAAGGCUACCCUAUCGAGAAACCACCAAUCGUCCAUCUUACGACCGUUUCAUCAUGGCUGCCUGCCUCGGUUAUCGACCGUUUAUCUGACGACUGCCGCCGACUCUGGGAAGAAUGUGGAAAUGAUCUCGUCGUUUAUACCUAUAUUGAUCACCUCCAACAGCUGGCAGAGACAACAUUCGAUAUUCAAUCCGCAUCGGGAGAAGUGUGCUUAUCGCGGGAUCUGAAAGUGGCGCUAUUGGACUUCAAUAUAAAAGCGGAACAAGAAAAGUUUGAACAGGGAACUUUUGAAUGCGGAGUUUGCCUCGAACCAAAGAAGGGUGCGCUUUGCCAUCGAUUGCUGCGCUGCUCCCACGUUUUCUGCGUCGGUUGCCUGCAAGACUUCUACGGAACCUGCAUCCAGGAGGGUGAUGUAGAUAGUGUGAAAUGCAUGGCACCGGACUGCGAGUACAACAAGAGACUUCCAGCACAGGGCGACGGCCAGACGCCACCCCGCAAAAAGCGCGAUCCUAGUAUUGGACCUAGCGAGCUCCUUCAGAUACCGUUGCCUCCGGAAGCAGUUCAGCGAUACGUUUUUCUCAAGCGCAAGAAGAAGAUAGAAGCCGAUAAGAACACCGUCUACUGUCCUCGAGAAUGGUGCCAGGGAGCAGCACGAUCCAAGCGUCACCCAAAACCGGAAGACCCAAUGACCGACGAUUUGGAAGUUUCCGAUGAUGAAGAUGGAUUUGAUCCUCUCGGCCCCGAAGACCAACUGCCUCCAAUGGCAGAACGCGUGGCCAUCUGUGAAGACUGCAACUACGCCUUUUGCUCUGUCUGCAAAAAAGGCUGGCACGGAGAACUAAUACGAUGCUACCCACGGCGCGCAGGCGAGAAAACAGAAGAAGAAAAGGCAACCGAGGAGUAUUUGCGGCUAUACACUUCUCCUUGUCCCACCUGCAAUGUGCCCUGCCAGAAACAAAUGGGCUGCAACCAUAUGCGUUGUUUCCAGUGCGAUACUCAUUUCUGUUACCUAUGCUCAAGCUGGCUGUCCGCCGACAAUCCAUAUCAACACUUCAACACCUUAGAGAGCAAAUGCUACAACCGGCUGUGGGAUUUGGAAGGUGGCGAUGGUAUCAAUCCAGACGGAGCCGAAGCACUCCACCGCAUCCCCGAAGCGCUUCUAGUUUUCGACGAUCCACCACCAGCAAUCAUCCAUGAGGAGGCUGAAGAGAGCGACGAGGAUCGCCCUGCAUUCGAAUUCGACAACGAUGAAGACGACCUGCACGGCCACCGGCAUCCACCUCCACCAGCCCCAGUCCCACCCCGCGUCAAUGCCGGUGGCCGACGACCCGGUCGACGCGAUCAUGCAGCGGCCCGUGCCGCAGCAGCCGAACGCCGAGCCCAAGCUCGCGCUAUGGCCGAAGUAAGACACCGCAACAACCGAGACGAGCCCCGGAGGCCUGUCCGAUGGGCGGAUAUUCCUCCAGCUCCUCAAAAUCCACAAGGACCUCUGGGUUAUCUCGGCCCGCCCCUUGAUGACGAACACGAGCCUAUUGCAUGGGAAAAUAACCACCCUGGCCAACGACAGGAAGACGAGGCUCGUGCUGGCCUCCAGCGCUUUCUAGCUCUCGUGCAAAACGACCGCGAGGAUGAAUGGGAUAGCGAUGAGUUGAACGAUGACUUUUGA